ACCUCCCACACCCAGCUCACCAUUGAACUUCUGGUGCCUUAGUUGGGGAGAAAGUAUCAGCGGCUGUGAGGAGUCAGACACCCCGGGGAUGGUGCUGCUGGCCUGGACUGGGCUGGAAGGUUCUCGAGACUUAAACAAGGUCCACCCAGUGUCUGGGACAUGGUUUGCUGCUCCUAUGAAGGCUCCUGGCCAAGGCGGCUCCCAGAUAGGGCGGCUGCCUCCUUCCCCUCUUAGCAGAGGCCAGGGCCUUUGGGAUGGUGUGUGGGGUGUCCGUGCAUGUGACUGCGGAUGGGCCGAGCUUCGUCAGCCCUCCUCCCACAGCCAGGGAGCCGGGCCCCAAGGCCCCUGGGGAAUCCACACUGCUGCCAGAGUCUCAGAAGGGCUCCAGGUGGCUCCAAACACCAAGAGCCAGGAAGGCCCCAUGGGAAAGGCGGCCCAUUCCACCUUCUCGCUGGUACAUCCUGCUUUGCUCUGGACCCCCAGAAGUUCCCUCAACUCCGGGAGCCCGCAGGAAAAGUAUCUGCGGGAGGCUGCCGCACUCAGGUGCUGGCUCACAUCCUCUGAGCAUUCUGCCAGGGCCCGGAACCGCGGAAGGGACCAGGAAAGGGGCCCUCUCAGCUCUGCUUGCAUCUUUUGGGGUCCCGUGGUGAUCGAGCUCCCAGCUCCAUCGUGGCGAGCAGUCCCCUGCUGUGCUCCAUGCCCAGUGUGCCUGAGGCCCUGAGAAAAUGAGGUGACAGCCCAGUGCUGGGUGCCGGAGAGGCGGCCUGGGCUGAAGGCCUCGUCUUCGUCGUGGAUGGUGGGGACGGCUGCUCCGCCUGCCCCACAGCGUCUUGUGUCCACAACUCAGUGUCAUGUGCUCUCUGGCAGCGACCUGCAUCGGUUCCUGUGAGGCGGACAGAGAGGUCAGCUUUCAGCCACAAUGAAGACAUCAGGAAGUGGCUCUGCAGGGUUCGUGGCUCUCAGAGGCCCGAGGGGCAUGGAGACUUUGAUAUCUUCUGUCCACUGUAAAUUAGCCUGGGGGCAAAGCUGGAAGGCUGGGCCUCAGGAUGCCUAGGGUCUUCUGCGACUGCCAUGCUGUGUGUCCUAGGGGAAGUUGCCACCCCUCUCUGGGCUGGUGGUUAAACAGGGCUAGGGGGCUGGUGAGAGCUCCUCAGGCGCUUUCUGUAGAGCAACAGCCAGGUCCGGGACGGAUAGGACAGCAGUGGUUAGGCUUGGGCGCACACUCUGAGAUCUGAUCCUGGGGCCGAGCGAGGCUCACACCCAGCCCACUGCAGGGUAGGCAAUGAGGUGGGGAUGUGGAGAAAGGCAGGCAGUGGCCAGGCCACAGCCGAGCCUGAUACAUGCGGCCAUGCCGUGCUGCCAGUUACUCAGUUUGCUGUGAACAGGAGCACGCUCUCACCCUUGUAGUGAGAUGUAAAGGAAAGUGGCAACAUUACUGGCACGAUUAAUAGCCUGGGCGCUGUGCUCCUCUCUGUAGGUGUGCGUUUCCACUCACCCUCAUCCUAACCCAAAGAAGUGGGACUGACAUUAGCAUCCUUCUAUAGCCUGGAGACACUGAGGCACAGAGAGGUAACGGGACUUACCCAGAGCCACACAGCCAACAAGUGCAGAACAGUUUGAGUCCGGGCCUAGAGAAGCCAGAGUCCAUGCUCUUCAUCUCGAGGCCACACUGUCUUUGGCUGUAACAAUAAAGGCCCGGAGCGGUGGUCACUAAAUAGCUCUGCUCAGUGCUCUUCUGGAGAGCUGAACUUGGAGCCCAGCUGGCUGGGGCUGGUUGACUCCCAAGGAGGUCACUUGGAGCUCCACGCCUGGCCAGAGGAGAGCCGCCCCUCAGCCCCAGUCUCCCCUCUCCAGCAUCCCAGCUUGGCUGGCAUUCACUGCCCGGGCAGUGGGUAGGCCACCCGCAGGCAUGAGGGCUGGCUCAGUGCCCAGCUCUCGGUGUCUCCCUGGUUUUGUGGAAGCCUUACAGAAUUUCAGAGUGCAGGAAGAGGACACUAGUUGGCUGCAAUCCCAGCAUUCUGGGAGGCUGAGGCAGGAGGAUCACCAGUUCAA